CUCCCUCCCCCCUCCCCCGAUGCCGCCCAUCUCCCUCCUCCCCCUCCUCCUCCUCCUCCUCGCCGGCGCGGCGGCGGCGGCGGCGCCGGCCGAGCCCCCGACCCCGACCCCGACUCCCGCGCCGGGGAGGAACAAGACCAUCUACGAGCUCCUCCCGCUCUUCGGCCUCCCCCCGGGCGUCUUCCCCGCCAACGUCACCGCCUUCUCGCUCGCCGGCAACGGCAGCCUCGCCGUCGACCUCGCGGGCCCCUGCUACGUCCACUUCGAGUACCUCACCUACUUCGAGCCCCGCGUCACGGGCCUGCUCCGCUACGGCUCCCUCACCCAGCUGGAGGGCGUGCAGGUCCGCCGCUUCCUCGUCUGGUUCAGCGUCGUCCGCGUCAAGGUCGACCUGCCCCCGCCCCCGCGCUUCGUCUACCUCGACAUCGGCUGGAUCACCCGCAAGCUGCCCGCCGCCGACUUCCAGUCCGUCCACGCCUGCGAGGCCGGCAAGAGGCGGAGGCGGUGCCGCCUCUCCUCCGCGCUCGCCGCCGCCGCCGCUUGGUUCCAGGACUUCUUUGCCCAAUUUUAGGGGAUGCAGAAGGUCUAAUUUUGUGGCAGCAUCACACGAGCUUACAGCCUUCCGCGCCCUAAAGGAAUUGAAGCACUACACUCCCAUUUGUUGAUUGUAACACACGGUGUAUGUCUACGAGUACUCUGUGCUGCUGUCUGAGCUCUACAUUAGACGCGCGAUCUUAAGAAAGAUUUGUAUUGGUUAUUUAGUCCGAACCGAUGAUGCUGUGUGCUCCACGCUUCAAUACAAUAACACUUCUCAAGUGGUCCGCAUCAUCAUUUGUUGGAGCUUUGGAAGUCUCCACCCAAGUUUCCUCUUUGCGUGCCCCCUCUAUGAAAGACAGCAGGAAUACAUUGUUGUGCUCAGAAACUAAACACAGAACUAUAUGAUAUAAGCUUUCAGGCUUUCAGUUUCAGCU